AUGUUUCCAUUGCUUCUCCUUGUUAGCUUUCUCUCAGCUGGAGCACUCCCAGAUGAUUCGAGGAAUAUUGAAAAGGCUCUUAUAGCUCAAUUUGAGGGACAAGGAGAAAUCCAAACACAAGAAGAUCUCAUUCGCCAGAUUGGUCCUUUCGUAGAUGUGCCGAAGCUGAAACAUCGUAACUAUGAAGAAAUGACAAGUUUUCUAAAGAACUUGACAGCGUCCUAUCCUCACUUGACGUACUUAUACUCAAUUGGAAAAUCGGUUGAAGGUCGGCAACUCUGGGUUUUAGUAAUAUCAAAGUACCCGAAAGCUCAUAAAGAAGAUGUUCCUGAGUUUAAGUAUGUGGCUAACAUGCAUGGAAAUGAGGUUACUGGAAGAGUUUUUUUGCAAAGCUUAGCAUGGCUUUUGCUCAAUAACUACGAUACGAACAGAUGGAUUCGUAGGUUAGUCGAUACAACCAGAAUUCAUCUGAUGCCCAGUAUGAAUCCAGAUGGAUAUGAAAAGGCUUAUGAAGGUGAUGAUUCGGGUUUAGAUGGUCGUAAGAAUGCGAACGGAAUUGAUCUGAAUCGCAGUUUCCCUAGCAGAUUUCCUAACUUCUUUCCUUCCGUACAUAUGCAACCAGAGACACAAGCUAUCAUGGAUUGGAGCAAGCAAAUUCCAUUUGUGUUAUCUGCUAAUCUUCAUGGUGGAACAACAAUUGUCAACUAUCCAUUCGACGAUUAUCCGAGCAGAGUCAAAACUCAUUUCUAUUCACCAGCUCCUGAUAAUGGGAUCUUUGUAAGAUUAGCAUAUUCAUAUGCUCGCAGUCAUACAAGGAUGUGGAAGAAAGGUCCCAGAUGCAUAAGCGAUGAUCUGAAUAUGAUGAAUGAUCCCCAAUAUGGCAUAAUUAAUGGAGCUGAUUGGUAUAUAGUGGCUGGUGGUAUGCAAGAUUGGAACUAUCUGAAUACCAACUGCUUUGAACUGACAGUUGAAAUCAAUUGCUUCAAAUUCCCAAUGGAGAAGGAUCUUCGAUUUAUAUGGAACGAAAACAAAUUCAGUUUAUUGCAGUUCAUCGAUCAAGUUCAUAAUUCCAUACAUGGAAAGGUUGUGAAUGCUGAGAAUGGUAUGGGAAUUCCGAAUGUGACCAUUUCCAUAGAUGAUGAAUCGAAGAUCAUCAUAAGUUAUAAGACAGGCGAAUUCUGGAGAUUAAUAAAUCAAGGAACAUAUGAAGUAACAUUCGAUCAUCCAGCUUAUCACUCUCAGAGUCGUCGAGUGACAAUAACUCGCGACCGUCGAUCUCUUUAUUUGGCAGUUGCAUUGAAGCCAUUGAAUUCUACUAGAGAUAUGGAAAGCCGUCGUAAAAAUUCUGAACGAACAGUGAUAUCUGAUAGAAAGUCUUCACAGCCAACCAAAAUACAGCAAAAGCCAUCUCCGCAUCUUAAAAACAAUCAUAUUCCACUCAGUGCAAGUUCAUUCAAAUCUUUCUUUCUAUUUAUCAGCUUCUUAGUAUUGUUAUAG